GUCUGCCAGGUUCAAUCCCCCCACGAGCCAAGAGGAGGCGGGUUGUGGCGCUGGCCACAAAGGACCCAGCAAGGACACGUGCAGGACCAAACCUUCACCGUCUCCGGUGCAGCCCAGGAGCCCAUGACUGAUCUGUGAUGACAGUGACAUACACCAACCGUGUGGCCGAUGCCCGCCUAGGCACCUUCUCCCAACUCCUGCUCCAGUGGAAAGGCAGUAUCUACAAGCUCCUCUACUCCGAGUUCCUUAUUUUCAUCUCCCUCUACUUCGCCAUCAGUCUUGUCUACAGGCUGAUCCUCAGUGAAAGCCAAAGGCUGAUGUUUGAGAAGCUGGCGCUCUACUGCAACAGCUAUGCUGAGCUAAUCCCCGUGUCCUUUGUGCUGGGUUUCUACGUGGCCCUGGUGGUGUCCCGCUGGUGGGCUCAGUACGAGAGCAUCCCGUGGCCUGACCGCAUCAUGAACCUGGUCUCCUGCAAUGUGGACGGGGAGGACGAGUACGGGCGGCUCCUGCGCCGCACGCUGAUGCGCUACAGCAACCUGUGCAGCGUGCUGAUCCUGCGCUCCGUCAGCACCGCCGUCUACAAGCGCUUCCCCAGCAUGGAGCACGUCGUGAGGGCAGGUCUCAUGACCCCAGAAGAGCACAAGAAGUUUGAGAGUUUGAAUUCCCCCCACAACAAGUUUUGGAUCCCUUGCGUGUGGUUCUCCAACCUAGCGGUGAAGGCAAGGAACGAGGGGAGGAUCCGUGACAGCGUGCUGCUCCAGGGCAUCCUGAACGAACUCAACACUCUGCGUAGCCAGUGCGGGCGGCUCUACGGCUAUGACUGGAUCAGCAUCCCUCUGGUCUACACUCAGGUGGUGACCGUGGCUGUUUACAGCUUCUUCCUGGCCUGUCUGAUCGGGCGGCAGUUCCUGGAUCCGGAAAAAGCAUAUCCUGGCCAUGAGCUAGAUCUCUUCGUGCCAGUCUUUACGUUUCUGCAGUUCUUCUUUUAUGCUGGCUGGUUAAAGGUGGCCGAACAGCUCAUCAACCCUUUUGGGGAGGAUGAUGACGACUUUGAGACCAACUGGCUCAUCGACAGGAACCUGCAGGUGUCCCUUAUGGCAGUGGAUGAGAUGCAUCAGGAUUUGCCCAUCCUGGAGAAGGACCUAUACUGGAACGAGCCCGACCCCCAGCCACCUUACACCGCAGCCACUGCUGAGUACAAGCGCCCUUCCUUCCUUGGCUCUACUUUUGAUAUCAGCAUGCAGAAAGAAGAGAUGGAGUUCCAGCCCCUGGAGCAAAUUAAAGAGAACGAGGAGGCGAACCACUCCACGCCACUGCUGGGACACCUGGGCCGUCUCCUUGGUGUCCAGUCACCCACCUUCGCCAGGUCCUCCUCCCGGAUGAACCUGCUGCGCCGGCGAGGGGAGCCCACCUCCCCCUUCUCCCACUACGCCUACCAAGACACAGGCAAGGCUGUCCCCUCCCCAAGGGGGGACACCACCGCACAGGAGCAGUGGGACGGCGACGAUGGAAAGCUAAGGGAGUUUGAUGCCUUCAUGUCAAUCCCGUUUUAUGAGAGGCCCGGUUUCUACAGCGCUCCACAGACGCCGAUCAGCUCCAUCCCCAUGAUCUUCCCUUCCCGGCGCCAGGGCCGCAAGAAGCCCCCUGCGCUCUCCAGCAUUGCGGCGUGCUCCAAUUCCCUCAGGGACGUCAUCGCCAACUCCUCGCCUUCCAGGACGAGCGAUAUGUACAAAAGCCAGAGCUCCCUUGGCUCAGGUACCAAGGAAACGUUUAUUUGGCCAACGGAAAGGAACAAAGGUCCUGACUCACUGGUUGUAAUGGUGGAAGAAAAAAACAACUCUAACAGUAGAGGCAGAGAGGCUGCCACCACGGGGAGUCCAGAAGCUCUGUCCACAGCAUCAGACAGCCCUAAAUUCCCCCUCCUGGCAGAGUCCCCGAACCACGAGAAGCAGGGCAACUUCACGAGCCUGAAGAGCUCGAAAGGCUCCCAGCCACCCUGGCUAACUCUGGAGAACACGACAGCCGGCCUUGGUUCUGAGCAGCUGAGCACCCUGCACACCCCCGGCACCAAAGCGCCCACCAGCAGCCCCCCUCCCUGCUUCUCCUUCACUCCUGUAACAUCUCCAGUGCUGGAGAGGUCCCCCAUGGGGAAUGCAGGCCCCGACAGCCUAAGUUCAGAAGACACAAGCAGUGCGCCAGACCCGUACCUGUCAGAGGUUUCUGGGACAAGAGAUUCAGGAAACAGAAGCAGUAAUAAUCCCCCAACAAGAGAGACAAGACGAGUGGAGAGCCCAUCCCCAAACGAUUCUGGCAUCUCCCUCGGUGACGGUGACUACGUGGGGCUGAUGGAGGUGAUCAUGGAGACUAGUGAGAGCACAUGUGAAGAUCUGAUGGAUCAGUACAGCUAAAGGAGACCAAAAGACACAGGUCUGUUAAAAUACCUGCCAUAUAAGUGAUAUUGCAAUAUCUUUACACCUGGGCCAACAGAAGAGCAGUGCAGCCAAACCCCAAGCUGCUGGAGCAUUCACCAAGAGCCCAGCCCAGGUGACCCAACACUACUGCCCUCAGGUACAGUAGCAGGCACACGAUUUCAGUGUUGCAACAAGAAAAAAGUGAGGAAAAACCCUACGCUUUAGCAAAACCAACAAGACUUUUAGUGUUAGGCAUUACAGAUGCCUAACAGCAGAACUGUAGCUGAGCUGACAGCAUCCUGACAACCCUGGAAUUCAGGCGUAGCCCAAAGCAGAAGAGGAAUACAGCCGAUGACACCUCCUCACAGCAGGAAUUAGAACCCCAAGUUUACAUUAUUUGCCACAAGGCCCACUACACAUCCCAUGCAGGAUUGGCACUACUGACAGAUACUCCAGGGAAAGAAAGGGACUGAGUCACAGCACCCAUGAUACAGACCCACAGUGCCUCACGAAGCCCCACCUACCUGGCACUCCCCCAUACUGGGAAACCCCAUACUGGGAAAGC